AAGAAUUGCAUGGUUAACAAGCUUUGGAAAACAAGAUGGUGGAAUCUUUUGGCAUGCGUGCACCCUGAAAGUCCACAAUGUUUUCAAGGCCUGGAGCCAAAGAUACUGAAGACGAUCUGCUGCGGCUGCAAGAGAAAUUCGUUACAGGUCGUUUAAAUCCUGCAGCUGCCGUUUUCCGGUCGAAUACACGCGAGGAAUCUCGGCCACCAGGGGAAAAGAGAGACGCACCAUGCGCUGUUCAAGUUACAAGGGACAUUGUCACGUUAGAGGGUCUUCCAGCCGUACAACCAUCCAGCAGAUUAGACUCUGAAUUCCCACCAAAGAAGAAAUCAAGAUUUAAAACAAGACAUCAAGAGACAUUUAAGAACAAAAGGCAAGAUGACGAAGAGGAAAUGGACUGUGAAGCACUUCUUGAUGUCCACGACAGGCAUGUAACUUCAGUGCUAUAUCAAAUUCAGGAGAAAGAUAUUGGCAAUAGAAGUAUUGCUAUUCCAAGAGUGUCUGAAAGAGGCUUUCCCAUGGUUCUCCAUCGUGGAAAUAUCAAUGAGCAAAAUGUGUCAUCUAAAGAAACCGGAUCUCAAGGCAGAAGAAGUUUGUUUGCCCAGCAGUUUGCAGCAUCAGAUGCAGUCACAUUUGGUGUUCCAAAACACCAGAAAGACAAUUCACAGAAGAAAAUUGAAGAAGUGAAAGUUACCCAAGCAGAUUCUGGUCAAGUAAAAUAUUCAAAGUCAUCCUUGAUUUCAGGAGAAGGUCUAACACAAAGUGCAGAGAAGAAGACUUUGCAGGACAAAGCAGUGGAUCAAAUUCACAAAGAGAAUGUCGCUAAGCUGGAAGCUAUGACACAUGAAGAGAUUAUGGAGGAACAAACCAGGAUAAAAUCAGCACUGGAUCCAAACCUUGUUGCUUUUUUGACUUCACGGCACAAAAAAACAAGGGUGGAAGCAAUGGAUACAACUUCAAAGGAGGAAAAACAAGCUGGUCACCAGAACACUAACAUUUCUACUGAGGAGAACAUAAGCCAUGUUGGAAAACAUGUCCACUUCAGUGAAAACAGUGAAAUGAUUAAGGAGGAAAAUGGACAGAAUAUCGUUUCUGUACAUGAUAAACAGUCAAGUGAAGUGAAAAAGAUUGGUGAUGUCGAAGUCUCUAGCAAAUGGCUUCACAUGGACACUGUGGAAUAUGAAAAGCUAGAAUGGAUAAAAGAUUGCCCUCCACCGAAUGCUCUUGAAAGCAAGGAAGGUAACCAAGCGCGCUUUGACUUCAAUGGCUGCUUGGUUUCAAAAAUGGAUAACGUCCCAGUGUAUCUUGGUCUUCAUCAUCAUGGCAAGGACCCAAGCUCUCCGGGUUAUACACUUGAAGAACUCUGCAUUUUGGCCAGAAGCAGCUUUUUACAGCAGCGUGUGUUGGCUUUGCAAGUUUUGGCCAAAAUCAUUAGAGAGUAUCAAAUGGGAGCAUUUCAAGGACAUCUUGAUGGUGAUGUGCUGUCUGUAUUGCUUGAUGCUGGAACCCUGUUCCUUCUCAGAUGGUCCUUAGAUGACUCAACAGAUGCUGUCAUGGCUGCCGCUAUACAAGGACUAGCAGCCAUCCUCAUUGUACCAAGUGAUAAGGACCUAGCUAACAAAAUGUUUGGCUUUCCACGAGGACAAGAGCUUCCAGCACUCUGCCCUGUCAGGGAGAGAAAAGAACACAAUAAACAGGUCAGAAAGGAUGAGCAAGAGGAUGAAAAGAAUCUAACAGAUGCUGAACUAUUGAAACAGGAUGUUGUUAAAGGCUUGAUCCAGAUGAGUCUUUUACCAAGGAUAAGAUACGUUUUGGAGGUCUGCCACCCCUCUGUUGUGGCAGUUCACAACAUCCUAGACAUACUGACAAGAAUCUCACAGCAUUCAACACAUGCUGCCAAUGAAGUACUACGGUGCCCCAGACUUAUGGAAACAAUCUUUACUAACUUUCUUCCUCUCUCAUGGAGGAUGUCUGAGCUGGAGACUGGUGCUGUGUAUGGUAUCCCUAGUAGUGAUGCCAUGAGACUUGUGAGGACAGUUUGUUGUGCUGGAAGACACAUGGCUGCAACUCUGAUUUCAAAGUACAAUUUAUCUGAUCGACUGAUGCGCAACACUGCCCUGAGCCCCAGGAAUAUGCAAAUGAAACUGCAAGAGGCGUAUUUUUUAUACACUGAAAGUUUAAGAACAUGGAGAGUCUGUAUAUUGUAUGGCUUGGGCUGUGACGCUGUUAGAUUCUCUGUUUUUCAGUAUGAAAACCUCUGUCUCCUCUCUGGAGCUUUUGCUGGUUUGGCUGCUUUUUACUCUGAACUUCACGACCAGGUAUCCCACUCUCCCGUGGAGACUCUACAGCAGUUAGAACAGUUAGCCAGCACUGUGCUCCAUCCAUUGAUAGAGCAUCAUGUCGUGGAUUGGUGUUUUACACAAAUCAGUUCCAGAUCAGCUUAUACCAAGACCAAACGAUCAAAGCUUUGUAGAAAAGCUAUUCCCAGUCUUCCAGACCUUGGUUCAAUAGAACUGGUGAAUCGUGGUACAGAACUGGCGGAGUCACACAGACCUGAACUGAUUGCUUUCACUUCAUGUACAAUUGAACUCAUGUAUCAUGUCACAAAGUUGCACAGAGGAAUCACCCACAAGUUCUCUGCUGUUCUUUCGAAGAAAGCGGUCUUGGAGUAUUUGAAACUUGUCGUUGAAUCCCAGGUUUGUAUACAGUUUUUUUUUUAUUUGAUACGAAAGAAGAAAGCCUCAAACCGUUGGAACUCAAAAUGGAGUGGAGUGCACGUUCUCGAUUCAUUCCAGUGUAAUGACUGUUUUUUAAGUAGAUUGCCUUGGCUCCAAUGAUUGUAGUUGUCACCAAUAAGUAUACACGUCAUAACACACGUAAUGGUCUUAGUGUAGUUUCCAUGACUUGUCUGAUUUGAACUUAUCAUAUGACCCAUACGCUUCUGCGCACGCUUUUAUGGAAAAA